AAAGAUUGUUUAAGUUUUCUUCUUUUUAUUUAUGCAAGUGCAAUCUUUGGUUUCUUUCUUCUCAUGUUAGUAAUUGUUGUGCCUUAUCGUGCCUAUAGCUCAAAUAAAGUAGAAAGAGAUAAUAGAGUAAAGGUUAAAAAGUUUCUAGAAGACUAUGAAGCUCUCAAGCCCUCAAGAUACUCCUAUGCUGAUAUUAAAAGGAUUGCAAGUCAAUUCAAAGAUAAAUUAGGGGAAGAAGGAUAUGGAACCGUGUAUAAAGGAAAGCUUUCAGAUGAAGUUUUUGUUGCAGUAAAAAUCCUUAACAAUUCUCAAGGAAAUGGGGAAGAGUUCAUUAAUGAAGUAGCAACAAUGGGUACAAUCCACCAUGUUAAUAUAGUUCGUUUAGUUGGAUUUUGUGCUGAUAGAUUUAAACGAGCUCUAAUUUAUGAGUACUUACCAAAUGAGUCAUUGGAGAAGUUCAUAUUUUCAAAAGUUGUCAAGAACUAUUCACUUAGUUGGAAGAAACUUCAAGAAAUUGCUAUAGGUAUAGCAAAAGGAAUUGAGUAUCUUCAUCAAGGUUGUGAUCAAAGAAUCCUUCAUUUUGAUAUCAAACCUCAUAAUAUUUUACUUGACCACAACUUUAAUCCAAAGAUUUCUGACUUUGGUUUAGCCAAAUUGUGCUCCAAGGAACAAAGUGCAGUCUCUAUGACAAUUGUAAGGGGAACAAUGGGCUAUAUCGCUCCAGAAGUGUUAUCUAGGAAUUUUGGGAAUGUGUCUUAUAAGUCAGAUGUUUAUAGUUUUGGAAUGUUGUUACUUGAAAUGGUUGGAGGAAGAAAGAACAUUGAUGUUAGUGUGGAGAGUACUACCCAAUUAUAUUUCCCAGAAUGGAUUUAUAAUCAUUUGGAUAUAGGGGAAGAAUUGCAUAUUCGAAUUGAAGAAGAAGGAGAUGUUGAGAUUGCAAAGAAAUUAGCAAUUGUGGGACUUUCAUGUAUUCAGUGGUGUCCAGUGGAUCGUCCUUCCAUGAAAAUUGUGGUUCAAAUGUUGGAAGGAGAAGGAGACAAGUUAACCAUGCCUCCUAACCCUUUUGCUUCAACAGUUCCAACAAACUUGAGCAAGCCAGGUAGAGUUUUUCAACAAGAGUUGUCAAUAAUUUCAGAACUAGAGUAAAAAUAAUUGUCUAUAUGUUCAACUUAUUAUGAAUGUAUAGUUUAAUAAAAAUUCAUAUUGUAGUUGUUCAUCAUCAUAGCAUCUUUCUUUAUAUUUCUGUUAAUUGAACAUAUGAUUGUAUAAAAUGAUUAUACCAGUGGCUCAAUUGAUGUUAGAUUCCAGAA